AUCUGUGUAUUGUGCAUCAAAUGAGCAUAAGCGAUAAGCACCCCCAUGAUCCAACUCUUGAUAACAUCGAAUAUGAUUACCUUCCAUCCCUAGACCAGUUUCUUAAUGAUGCAUUUCUCUUCUCCAUUAAUCAGGUAAAGUCCCAACCUAAAAUCGACUUUAUUAACCGUUUCAACCACUUUACCUCAUCUUUGCACUGCUUGGAAAACUUGCAGUUUCUCGUGUCCAUUUACCACUACGAGUUUUCCUACAACAGAAUCUUCAACACCGCUCCCCAAUUAAACCCUAAUAGAAAUAGCGUGGUGACGGUGGAGUCCAUCGACACCUUGGAUAAUUUACCCAUCAACUAUUUUGCCUCCACCAUCGAUGACAUCGAUGCUUCCGGUGAAAAUUGCUGGACCGAGUUCAUGGAAAGGCAGUUGGAAGACGACAACGAUGAUGAAGACGACCAGGAUAUGGACUCAUAUAGUUCGGCUACCACCACCCUUUGUUCUCAGUGGCAGUACCUUGUGGACAACUUUAUUUGUCCCACGUCCAAGUAUCAGGUGAACUUGUCGAACUCCACCUGUAAACAGUUGCUUUCCAUCAAGGAAAAGUAUCCCAGUCCCUUGGUGCUCGUGGCAGCAAAGAAGGAAGUGAUGCAGUUGUUGGAAGAAAAUGCCUUCCACCGCUUCAUUAAGGAAUACAAAAGCUACAACCAGGUUCCCUGUGAAGACUGCAACUGUGGCAUGCAACUGCAGCCCGAGGCUCACACCGAAGAGUGUCCUCGAGAAGUGCAGCCGUUGUACCCAGAGUCCCAGGCGGUCAAGAAGCCAUUUCUCAAAAAGUCACCCACCCUCAACCCUUUCAAGUUCUCACGACCAUCGAGUCCCUUGUCCAUAAACUCGGCCCUGAUCACGCCCACCAACUCGACCCCCCAGUCACAUAAUUCGGUGUUGAAUAGAAAGAAAACAAAGUCAUAUUCGUUGCUUGCCAGCGGUAAUACUAGUCCCAGCCAUUCUGGGACCUCAUUAUCUAAUUUACUUAGUCAUUUGAAGUUUAACAAGAGCUCCAACAGCUCUUCCAACACCUCGAUUGCAAACUCCCUUAAUACGUCGCAUAACACCAGUCCUAUAGAUGAUGGUAAAAAGUUCAAGUUUUCCGAUAAAAAUUCGGUUUAGCAUUGUAUAAUAGUGUAUAAUAGAAGUCUUCUUUAUCGCAGUAACUUUGC